GUCUUUGAUUCAGGCCCCGGGGGGCGGAACAGCCAGCCAGCUCCUCCUCACACACCCCCGGGCCGCCCGGGGCCCCAGCCACAUUGCACCCCGCGACAUGAGGAGCCCCCCACUGCCCCCGGGGCCCCACCCCGCCCGCACCCCGCUCAUCUGAGGGCCCGGAGCUGCAGCCAGACACCCCGAGAGCCCCCACCGGAGCCUUCCAGGGCCGACUCAGGGGCCCCCCAGGACCGACUCAGGGGCCCCCAGGAACCUUCCCCUCCCAGGACCGAGACAGGGGCCCCCAGGAACCUUCCCCUCCCAGGACCGACACAGGGGCCCCCAGGAGCCUUCCCCUCCCAGGACCGACUCAGGGGCCCCCAGGAGCCUUCGUCUCGCCGGAUCCUGUCAGAAGCCCCCAGUGUCCCUCACUCUGCAGCCGGUUAUAAGACUUUGUGUGGACAGUAAUGACCGCACGCUUUCGAUUGCCUGCUGGCAGAACCUACAAUGUACGCGCGUCAGAGCAGGCACGAGACAGACACAGCACAGACGUGGUCUGCCAUAUUCUCCUUCUGGAUAACACUGUGCAAGCUUUUCGUGUAAAUAAACACGACCAUGGACAUGUUCUGCUAGGAUUAGUGUUUAAGUUUCUUGAUUUGACAGAGAGAGACUAUUUUGGAUUGCAGAUUGAUUCCUGUGAGAACCCUCGGUGGCUAGACCCAAAUAAACCCAUCAGAAAGCAGCUUAAGAGGGGAUCUCCUCACAGCUUGAACUUCAGAGUCAAGUUUUUUGUCUCUGACCCAAGCAAACUGCAGGAGGAAUAUACAAGGUACCAGUACUUUCUUCAGAUAAAACAAGACAUUCUAACAGGCAGAUUGCCCUGCCCUUACAAUACUGCAGUGCUAUUGGCUUCUUAUGCAGUUCAGUCUGAACUAGGAGACUACAGCAAUUCAGAUCACCUGCCUGGCUAUCUCGGAGAUUUCUCAUUCAUCCCAAUCCAACCAGAAGACUUUGAGAAAGAAAUUGCAAAAUUGCAUCAACAGCACACAGGCCUGACACCGGCAGAGGCAGAAUUCACUUAUCUCAACACCGCACGGACAUUAGAACUUUAUGGUGUCGAAUUGCACUAUGCUCGGGAUCAAAGUAACAAUGAUAUUUUGAUUGGUGUCAUGUCUGGAGGAAUACUAAUUUACAAAAACAGGGUACGCAUUAACAGCUUUCCAUGGUUGAAGAUUGUAAAAAUUUCUUUCAAGUGCAAACAAUUUUUCAUUCAGCUUCGAAAAGAACUGAAUGAAUACAGAGAGACAGUACUAGGGUUCAAUAUGGUGAAUUAUCGAGCCUGCAAGAACAUGUGGAAGGCUUGUGUGGAACAUCACACCUUCUUCCGCCUGGACUCUCCUCUGCCACCACACAAGAAUUUCUUUUCCCAUUAUUUCACUUUGGGCUCUAAAUUUCGGUACUGUGGAAGGACCGAAGUCCAGUCGGUACAGUAUGGGAAGGAGAAGGCCAAUAAAGACCGGGUAUUUGCCAGAUCUCCAAGUAAACCAUUAUCGCGAAAACCAGGCAGUGAAAUGGACUGGGAAGUAGUGAGCAGGAAUUCCUUGUCCAACGACAGGCUGGAGACGCAAAGCCUGCCCUCGCGCUCUCCUCCCGGCACCCCCAAUCACCGAAAUUCCACGUUCCCUCAAGACAGGACACGGCUGCGCCCUUCUUCUGUUGGACAUUUGGUAGACCACAUGAUUCACACUUCUCCUGGUGAGGUCUUUGCUAACCACCGAUCUCCGUCCUCCACCCAAGCUAACAGCAUCAUCCUGGACUCUCCACAAUCCCAAGACAAUGUGGUUGAAGCUCCUCCCCCUGCGCUGCCACCAAAACAAUCUAAGAAGAACAGUUCCAACCAAAUUUAUCACUCCCAACAAGAACUGGAAAACCAUGUGAAUGAAAGCUUCGAUCCUCCGUGGAGUCCUGAUAAAUCCACACCAAAUGGCCUUGUGUCCCAUGACAAUCUGGUGUUGAUUAGAAUGAGACCUGAUGAAAACGGGCGGUUUGGCUUCAAUGUGAAGGGAGGGUUUGAUCAGAAAAUGCCGGUUAUAGUGUCAAGGGUAGCGCCGGGAACAUCUGCUGACCUGUGUGUCCCUCGUCUAAAUGAAGGCGAUCAGGUUGUAUUGAUCAAUGGACGGGACAUAUCGGAGCACACGCAUGACCAGGUUGUCAUGUUUAUCAAGGCAAGCUGUGAGCGGCACUCUGGGGAACUCGUCCUGCUGGUUCGGCCAAAUGCUGUGUAUGACAUAGUGGAGGAGAGGAUGGAGAAUGAGCCGGACUUUCAGUACAUCCCAGAGAAGACUGCCGUGGACAGCGGUCAUUCUGAUGAAGACACACUUAGAGAAUCUAUGAUACAGCUGGCAGAGGGUCUGCUUGAUGGAACGGUCCUUGCACAGUUUGAUCAACUGUAUAGGAAGAAGCCUGGGAUGACCAUGUCUUGUGCCAAAUUACCUCAAAAUAUUCCCAAAAACAGAUACAGAGAUAUUUCGCCUUAUGAUGCCACUCGGGUCAUUUUGAAGGACGGUGAAGACUACAUUAAUGCAAACUAUAUCAAUAUGGAAAUACCUUCUUCCAGCAUAAUCAACAGGUACAUUGCGUGCCAGGGACCUCUGCCCAACACGUGUCCAGAUUUCUGGCAAAUGACUUGGGAGCAAGGCUCGUCUAUGGUAGUGAUGCUGACCACUCAAGUGGAGCGUGGAAGAGUAAAAUGCCAUCAGUACUGGCCCGAGCCAUUGGUCGUGUCUGAGUUCGGGAACUUCCAAAUAACCUGCCAUUCGGAAGAUGGGAAUCCAGCUUAUGUUUUUCGAGAGAUGACACUGACUAACUUGGAGAAAAGCGAAAGCCGGGCACUCACCCAGAUACAGUACACUGCGUGGCCGGAUCAUGGCGUUCCAGAUGAUUCUAGUGACUUCCUGGACUUUGUGUGCCUUGUACGGCAGAAGAGAUCUGAUCGCAAUGAGCCAGUCAUUGUCCAUUGCAGUGCUGGGAUUGGUCGGACAGGAGUUUUGAUCACAAUGGAGACGGCAAUGUGCCUAAUGGAGUGUAACCAAGCUGUGUACCCCCUGGAUAUUGUCAGGACAAUGAGAGACCAGAGGGCAAUGAUGAUCCAGACUCCGAGCCAGUACCGGUUUGUCUGUGAAGCAAUCUUGAAGGUAUACGAAAAAGGAAUUGUUAAACCUUUAAAAAGCAUCACUUCAUAAAUUGAGGAGUACGUAGAAGUCAGGAUACGAAUACAGGAAUUCCGUCCCACAGCCGGGAUCGGAGAGAAACAGACGUCGUGGAGAGCGCCAAAUCACCCAGCUUAAGAGGUUUUGGUGAACUGAGCAAGGAGUUAACGAUGGACUUUGGAAACUUCAGCACUGUUGCACUUUAUGUUGAAACAAACAAAAGAAAAAUAGAUUUCUGAAACUCUACAUUUCUCAUGCAUUGAACGACUUUUUUUAAAGAAAGUUUCAGCUCCUGCUUUGCUCUGAACAAACAGAAUGAGAUUUAUUUAUGUAACUUUGCUUUUGUGCCACGAACCUGCCCCCUACUCCAUCCUCGUUCCUCUCAGUUUGUGUGCCAUCGAGGCUGAAUUUCCAUUUCAAAUCUAGGUAACUCAAGUAUCUAUGGCAGCAUACAGAUAAGUAGGUAAUGCUUUUCAUACACCGCAAACAAGGCUUGAAAUUCCCAUUAUCCCUAUUGUCUGCACCCAGGGUAUACUGCUAUUCAUUUCCCAGGGACUUUCUGUGCAGUUGUAAAGCUGUGGCAUUAAUGAAUGAAACAUGUUUAGUUCACAGUAGGCCCAAUGCAUUAUGGGAUAAUCAGUUUCUAAAUUCCACCCUCGGAAAGUAAUCCUAAAUAAUUUUCUACAAACGCCUGACUUAAUCAACCUAGAGGACUCUUCCCCCUCUUCCCCCCCUUCCAAGUACUGAGUUUAUGUCUGGUUUGGCUUUCUGAACUGUUUAGUACAGGGAUAUCCAGUCUGAAUGGGCAGCAUAA